AAUUGUGCAUACAUUUUAAAUUGAUAUAUUUGAUGUUCUAAUACUGUAGAAGUGAUAUCUCUUAUUAUUUUUAAUAAUAUAAAUAAUAUACAUAAUAAGAUAUAAAUAUAUAUGAAUUUUAUAAUAUUGAUAUAUAUAUUUAACUUAAAACAAACACUGUAUUCUUCUGAAGUUAACAAACGUACAUACAAAUACGAUGACGAGAAUAAAACUACUAACUUGAAUUAUUGGAAGGUAACGAGUGCGCCUGCGCUGGUUUUGCACAAGAAGUCUUUUUGCAGUAUUUACCCGUGAGACAUAACACAUGUUAAAUUUCACUCGGUAUUCUAUCGAUUAUUUAGUUAUAUAGAAAAGUACAUUAAGUUGUAUGUAGCUUAAUCUCAAGAUAUGAUAUUUUAUACUAUCUUAAAUUACACCAAAUUAGGCAAUUUAUCUUAUAGUUUACCUUAAGAAACCUUGCGAGAUUCUUAUUAGGAAAUGCUAUAAUACAAAAAGAAACACAUUUUUUCUAUUUCUUUACUAUCUUUCUUAUUUCUUUUUUUCUUUUUCUUCUCAAACGCAUUUUUGGAUUUAUGGCGAGAUGACGUGUCCCGAUGUACAAUACAAUAGCCUCAAUCGUAUUCUGUUACUUAUAGUUGGUUUGUGGCCUUUCCAGCGAUCAAAGCUAGUUCAACUUCAGUUAAUGUUAUUUUCCGGUAUUCUAACAACCUUUGUUGUAUUCCAGUUUACAACGUUCCUAAAAUUUGAGUGUACUACAGAUUUUGUUCUCAACAUCUUGUCUUCCUCAUGUUUCUUUUCAUGCGGACUUAUUGAAUAUAGCGCUUUCUGGAUUAAUAACGAUAUUAUAAAACGUGCGAUAAAGAAGCUUCAGCAUAUCCGUAAUGAGCUACAAAACGAAAAUGAAAUUGCUAUUAUAAAAAAGUAUGGUGAUAGAGCCAAAAGCUUAACGAAGAUAAUCACGCUGUUCGCCAUGUGUUGUAUAUUUAGUGCAAUUUUUCUUCAAAUUUGGACGCAUCUAUAUUAUACGGAUAUGUCCAUCAAUGCAUCUCGGUCAUUUCAUAAAAUGUACAUUGUGACAGAAUAUUUUAUUGAUCGAGAAAAAUAUUGCUAUUUUAUCAUGUUCCAUGAAUAUGCAGCUUAUUGCAUAGCAGGAUUCGCUGCUGUAGGAACAGGAACAAUGCUCUUAGCAAUCCUUCAACAUAUGUGUGGAAUGUUUAGCAUCGUCAGUUUCCGCAUCGAGCAGGCUAUGACAACCAAUAUGCUAUCAGAUCUAAACCAACAGAAUCAGACUAUAAUUUGUAAGAAGAUCGUUGAUGCAAUAGACAUUCAUCGCAAAGCCAUGGAGUUCUGUAAUUUUUUAAUAUCCAAUUUUGAAGGAUCAUUCUUUUUUCUAAUACUAGUUGGAAUGAUUUGUUUAGCUAGCAGUCUCGUGCGAAUUGUGUCAUCUAUCAGUGAUGUACAACAAAUUGUGAUACCAGUUAUAAUUAUAAUUACUGGCUAUGUAUAUUUGUUUAUAUCUAAUUAUGCUGCACAGGAAGUUAUGGAUCACAAUAAUCGUAUAUUUGACACAGCGUACAACGUUCAAUGGUACGCUGCUUCUGUACGCAUACAGAAAAUGAUAUUAUUUCUUCUGCAAAGGGGCUCUAAAGCUUUUAAUUUGAAUCUUGGUGGAUUAUUUAUUGGAUCUGUGGAAAGUGCUGCUAUGCUGAUGAGUACUUCAAUAUCUUACUUCACAUUUUUAUAUUCGACACGUCAAGAUUAACAUCGUAAUGCAGUACUCAAAAAUAGUUUCAUGCCUAUUACAACUUGAGCACAAUCAUAUGUUCUGCUUAAGAAUUUCAUUUGUAAAAUUGCCAAUUUCAUAGAAGGAAAUUCUAAUCAAAAUAAUUAAUAUCACAAUUUGAGUGUUCAAAAACUGUUUUUCAUAAAAGUAUACUUUAUUGAUAAUUUAAAGUUCACAAUGUGUGUUAAGCAUAGUAUUUUGAAAUUUUAUCGGAAUAUGUAAUUUGGUAAUUAUGCAGAAAAGAUUACACCUCGUGGAUCUUCUUCUUUUUAAUAUAUAUUAUGUUUAAUAUAUGUUUUUAAUAUAUGUUAUGAUAUGUUCUUUGUUUUUUUUUCUUUUAAAUUAUAUAUAUAAAUUUAUAUAAAGCAAUAGCUGUAAUGCAAAAGUUAACUAACAAUGUUAUCAACAUUAAGAAAGAUUGUUUUCAUACCGAUUAAUAAGAAAAAUCAAUCUUAUCUUAUGUUAGGAGUUAUUGUAAUAGGACUGUCAUUCUAGAAAUGAAAAAAAACUUUGACAUAAAAGAAGAAGUUUAUGUUAUUUAUGCAUUUAUAAGAAAAUAUGAAACGUUAGUAACAAUGUAUACAGUAGAUAUUAAUGAGAAAAUGUUAUUUAUUGUAUUACAUAUAUUUACCAAAAAAAUAAUAACUGCAUGUGAGUGUAUAAAUCAAGGCAACUGAUAUUUUACUGAUCAACUCAAAUUACAUUUGCGAGUGCAUGCAUUAAUAUGAAGCACGUAAAAUGUAUUUUGUGCAUGUGAUGUUUGCAUAGCAUACCAUGACGAGGCCAUCCUGGUAAACAGUUUUAUAUGAUAAGUAAACAUGUAUGAACUGA